AUGGAUAACGUUCUGCCUCCAAGAGAUGAAGACAACUCCUCAUCCAUUGUUAUCAACGGAAAGGUUGUUCUUGCUACGACAGCAGCCAAAAUCAGAAAUAUAUCAAUAACAUCAGGAAUUCUGAAUGACACCCUGGGAAACCCAAAGUGUGUUUUUUGGAAUUUCACACUCUUUGAUGGUCUUGGAGGAUGGAGCGACUCAGGCUGCUCUCUGCUGUCCCACAACAAUGAAACCAUCAGCUGCAGCUGCAACCACCUCACCUCCUUCUCCAUGCUGAUGUCUCCUGAGAUUAUUGAGGACGAAAACAUGGAUGACAUAACAAUAAUUGGAGUUGGCAUAUCCAUGGCUUCUUUGGUCAUAUGUCUUAUCACAGAAGCUCUCACUUGGAAAAAAAUAAGUACCAACACCACCUCCUUCCUGCGUCACGUUUCCAUCAUCAACAUAGCCGUUUCUCUCCUGAUCGCAGACAUCUGGUUCAUCAUCGGAGCGUACUUUAGAGACGAUAGUAAGAAGGAACACCCUGCGCUGUGUGCAGUUGUGACCUUCUUCAUCCACCUCUUCUACCUCGCCAUGUUCUUCUGGAUGUUGGCCUCAGGCCUGCUGCUGCUCUACCGCACUGUCUUCGUCUUCGAGGGCGGAUUGUCCAAGACGUCCAUGCUGGUUAUUGGAUUUGUUCUGGGAUAUGCUGCUCCGCUGGUCAUCGCCGUAACAACCAUGGCAGUGACUGUCCCGUCACAUAAAUACAUCAGACAAAACCAUGGCUGUUGGUUGAACUGGGAGAACUCCAAAGCUCUGUUGGGUUUUCUGGCUCCUGCACUUGUGAUUGUGGCGAUAAACUUCCUCAUCCUGCUAGUAGUGAUUUAUAAAAUGGUGAGCAGAAGAGGACUAAGGAAUACAGGCCAAGGCAAAGAGCAGCAUGUUUUGGUGGUGAUUGCCAGGAGUCUGGCUGUGCUC